ACGGAGUUAUCAAAAUGAAGUUUUUCGCUGUUCUCUUCCUCUUCUGCGGCAUUGUAGGAUUUGCCAUGGUUGCUUCUACGUCACCCUCUGCGGACUAUGAUUACGGAUCUGAUUCAACUACGGAACAGGACACUACCGCCCCUGCAUCUGACACUACCCUAGCUCCCUUGGCACAGCCUCCAUGUGGCAGCGGACCCCAAGGACCCUGUGGACAAGUCCCUCCCCCACUGCCGCCCUGCGUGGGAGGUCCUGGUGGCCUUUGCGGCAAGAAACUUUACUUCUUCUACUAAAUUAAUUCUAACUAGGUUAAUUAUUCUGAAGCAAUAAAGUGAAAAAAGUUUUAG